AUGAAGAUUUUCAGCUGGAUGGCGAACAAGAUCAGCGGGAAGCAGGAGGCCAGCCGCUUCCCGGCCAGUUCCUCCGGGCCUUCUCGUUCUAAAGUGCCGGACUGUCGCAACGACGAGUUCAGCGAUUGGCCCCAAUCAUUGCUUGCCAUUGGGACAUUUGGAAAUAAGCAGAUAGAGGAGGUAGCACAAGUGCAGGAUGCUUCCGAGGAUGGGCAGUCCAUGCAAGAUGCCAUCAAGUUUACAGAGGAGGAAGUAGACAAAAUACAGAAAGAGUUUGCAAUGAUACUAGCAAGCAAAGACCAAACGGAAACUCAUGACCCGCACGAUGAUGACCAGGUAGCUUCACACAAAAAUGUCGAUGAGAGCAUAAAUGAGAAGCACAGGGACCAGCUGUUUAACAAGAUCGUCAUAAGUAAGGCAAAAGAUUCACCGGGGAAGAAAGCAAGUACACUCAAGCCGAGAUCAGUUGCUUCGCUCCUCAAACUACUCAUGCCUAAGGGUGGCUUUGCCUCUGCUGUUCCAGAUCCAAGGAACUCUUUCCCUCAAUCAAGAAUGGAAAAGCUGCUCAAGGCAAUACUUCAGAAGAAAAUACAUCCGCAAAAUUCUUCGGCGCUCGUACCUAGGAGACAUUUGGACUGGAAGCCAGAUGAGCAAGAGAUCAAUGAAUGCCUUGAGGAUGCACUCCGUGAUCUAGACGAUGAUGGCGCAAAAUGGGUCAAAACUGAUUCAGACUGUAAGUUGCAUACUUUGAUCCCGAACAAAUGA